AUGAAAAUGUCUGCUUCGUGGGAAGCCGAAAAGUCUUCAUCAAAUGCUAUUCCAAGACUUUGUAGUCUUAGUUUGGUACAAAUAAUAUUGGAUAGGCCUAUUGAACCAGAAUGCGCUAACACAGGAUUUUAUGUUGUUGUUCGUAUGCGAGGUACAGCUCGUCGAGUUUUACGAUCACCUGAAAUCACCCUUAUUUGUUCAAAAGCUCCACAGCCUCAAGUUGUUUCAACAAAUGCGCAUUCUAACAAUUUGUCUACCAACCCAAAUGAAGUCAGUUAUAGUGAAUCAACCGGCCAACCUUGUACUAAUUCCAGUUUGAAUGCUUCCAUGCCUAGUGGUGGUGGCGGCGGCUCAGUUCUUAUCGAUUUCACAUGCAAUAUUCAGUACUCACACCUUCUGACACGAGAUUCUAAUACAUUGCAAAUUCUACUUCAGCGUCGUAAAAAGUACAAAAGUAAAGCAAUGAAUUUAGGAUACAAAACAUUAGCUUACUGCAAUGUGAAUCUCGCUCAAGUAUUACAACGUCGUAUUGAAAAUCGAUUUUUAGAUUUAUACACCGAUCCGAAAUGCUCUACUCUUCCAGUUGGUCGAAUUGAAGUUUUAUACUUAUCAAGUUCUCCGAUUGAAAAAGAUUUAUUGAAUGGAAAACGUAAAGUUGUUGACGAGGAUGAAGAUUAUCCACUACCAGAUGUCUACAGUGAACAAGAUGAUUCAGAUCACGGAGAGGAGAGUGAUGAGGAUCAAAUGGCUGAAUGUGAAAUAGUUGGGCAUAGUCGUCAAAAAAAGCUUGUUAAAGCUAUGUCUGUUGGUCAAAAACAGAUUAAACAAAAACUAAUUGGUUUAUUGAAGAAAUUAAAAAUAGGUGAUCCGAAUGAGGUUGAUUUAGACGUGGCGGCUACAUCAAAACUAUGGGAUGAAAUUGAUCGUAUGGCAACAGUUAGUGAUAUAGAAGAGGAUUCAGAUGCUGAAAGUAUCAAUUUAGUGUCAAUUCAAAGUACACCACGUCCAACUCUUCGACCAUUUUUUGCUACAGCUGGUAGUUCAGAUGAUACUUUGAGUGCGGAUGCUGGUGCUAAACUUCUAAAACGUUUACAGAGAGAAUUACUUGCUCAAAGUGAAACGGAUACAUCUCCAGAUACUAUACAAUUACGCUCUAUGUUAGCAUCUGUUGGUAAAUCUGUUAACCUUCAAAAACCUUUUGGAAAAUCAGUUGAUAAAUCUGCUGGUCUAUUCCAUUUAGACCAUAGUUCCCCACAAUUACAACCACCGUCGAGUUCAUCGACAAUCACAUAUACUGAUACUGCCCCAUUGCAAUCCAAUGAUUCUUCACGUAUUCAAAGAGGUGGUGGUAGCGGUCAUGGUAUGAGUUUAGCUGGUGGACGAUUCGCGAAACGUUUUGCACACAUUCGACGAAGAUCAAAUACAAACUCUUCAACUAAACAAAUUUUUGGAGUAUCUAGAUCUAGUAAACCUAGUUAUAUUCAUAAUUCUGAAGCAACUGUUCAAGAAAUGAGUAAUAUCCCAUUAGAAAGCGAAUCAUCCGACGAUCAUUCCCCAACUGAUGCUGGUUUGGAACUUUCUUCUCUACGUGGUCAGAAUUCAGUUUUUGAGCAUAUUGGUUUGCAUGAUUCUGAUUUAUCUGAGGUGUUGUCUGCAGUGUGUUCUACUCCAGACGCUAGCCGUACCCAUUGUUCAAGAGAUCGAGGUGUUUCAGAUGGAAAUCUUAAUUUCAGUAUUGAUGAGAAUAGAGUACAAGAGAAGCUUUUAACCAAUUCCAUAUCGGAUUUUACAAAUGGUGGUAUUAAGUAUUCAGAAGCAUAUUCACACUGUGCAGACAUAAACCGUUUGAAGCAGAUUUCUACGGAGCCUAAUAUAUCCGAUAUUGAAAAAUUAGCCAAUGUCACAUUUAUCGUCAGUGGUCAUGAAAAAUCUGGAAAACUUAUACAUGAUUUACUAUCUGAAUUGAAUUUACGUUUAAUUAGUGUUAAUUCAUUCAGUGAAAUGCGAACAGUAUUUACACGUUUAGCUAAUGAAUCAUCACAAAGUCAUACACGAAGAAUAUUAGAAGAUGGUGAUUGCAUUAAAGUUUGUAUACUUGGCGGUAAUCAACUUAUUAACUUGGUUCUACGUGCAUAUGUUGAUCAGCUGAGUUGUAGAUCAACAGAAUUAGCUACAUCAUUUCGUUUUUUUAUUAUACCAAUUGAUGGAGUUAAUAAAUUGUUGCAUGCAACAUUAUCAUCAUCAUCAUUGUCAUCAACAUCACCUUAUUAUGAUCAAAUCAAUUCAAUGAAAAAUGGUGUUCAGAGAAAUUCUUCAUUUGGUGGAGGACAACAGAAUAUAAAUGACUCACCAUCCAAUCAGCUUAAUCUGAAUGAUUCGAAUUCUGGUCGUACUUCACUGCCAUCCAUUCAAACGACAAAUUAUUUCAAUAAUUUGUUCGCUUAUCAUCUUUGUCAAAUUGAUCCCAUCUAUGGAAAGUUAUUCAAGGAGUUAUGCGAUGAAUCUGGAUCUAUUGAUCAUUCUGAUCAUAAUACAAAUGUAUCGAAUUUAACAAAUAAAGAGUAUCUUUCAGUCAUCAGAUUAGAAUUAUUGAAUCGUAUUAUCCGAUAUGUGAUAGGUAGUCGAAAUAUGCACACUUUUCCUAUUGGUGCAUGCCUUCUUGGCUCAUCAAAACAUACUAAUACUAACAAUAGUAAUACAUCAACAAGUGGAAGUAAAAUUCAAAAAUCACUAACAACUGAUUGUAGUACUACUACUACAUCUGGGAAUACCUCAUCGACAAAUUCAAAUAUUACAAAUCAGUUAAGUCAUGGUGUAUUAGAUCAAGGCGCUAGUCAUUCAGAGGGAACAUCUUGUUUAGCUAAAGGAAGCAGUGUUGCAGACGCUCCAACGCAUAGUGAAGAAAUGGUUAUUCCAUUCAUUUUAAAUGUUCGUCUUGGCAAUUGUUCUGCAUUAGCCUAUCCUGGAUUAUCAGUAUCUCUUCCAAUGCAUCCUAAAACCCAACAACAACAACAACAGCUGGGAAAAUCAUUGACUGGAGAUAAUUCAGCCUCAUCACAAUCUCCUAAUUCAACGACUGUAGCCAACAUAAGUGCUACUGAAUUAGAUUCAAAAACACCCAGUGACCCAGAACAAUCACAUACAAAACGUAAUAUUAGUCCUGAAUCAACAUCACAUGGUACAUUCACUUCACCACGAAUACGUCGUAACUUUUCAUUGUCAUUUCGAUCUUCAAAAAAACUGCGUAAAAGAAAAUCUUCAUGGACAGAUGGAGCUAAUAGUAGCAAUACUACUAUUAUUAAUAAUAAUAAUAGUAAUAAUGGUAGUACAAAUAUCAGUAAUGUACUACUACACGGAUCACACUCAUCCACUCAAAGAUGUGGUCAAUCACCUGUAUUUGGUUCAGAUCAACGACUUUGGGAUAUACAAGUGGAAUAUUGGUCUAUACCUAGUCAUACUACUACUACAACUACUACUUCAUCGAACUCCAGUACUCAAAGUAACCAAGUUAAUACAGUGUCUGGUAGUGCUAGUAAUACUAUUGUUCCUUGUCCUAUAAGUCCACCAAGUACAACAUCUGAUACUGUUUCACCUCCUCGACGCUCUACUCUCAAAACUGUAUCCCCUGGGCUAGUUGUUACAAUAGACUCGUCAAUUUCUGCUGCGAGUCAUACUGCAUCUCCUCUACGUAGUGGUGAUAUAUUCGGUGUUGGUACAGAACCUAAUUCCAGCAGUGUAGUACACUCACCACUUCGUCAUACACCAUUUAAUCUUAGUCAAACGCAUUCUCAGCAUUUAGUUCUUGGAUUAUGGACAAAAGAGAAAAAACAGAAAAUUAUGCUUAUUGGUCGUAAAGGUAAAGGAUUCAGUUGUCGUUAUGAAUUAAUCAAUGGUAUACAACGUCUUCUAUGCACUGGACGUGGUUGUAAUUUUCAUAGUACUAGUUUAUCCACCACUAGUACAACUGGUGGUGGUGGUGGCGCUAUUGGUACAGAACGUACAAAAGAUACUGAAUCUAGUCAACGUAAUGCAUCAAGUAUCUUUUCAUCAUCAGUAGAUUCAUCCAAUACUCCACCGUCGUCUGUUGAAGGUAAAGCUUCAAGUUCAAUCUCUGCAUUAGGAUUAGCUCUAACUGGAGGCGGUGGUGGUGGUGGUGGUGGAAGCGGCGGCGGCGGCAGUAAUUCAGGCUUUGGGAUUAACACAGCUAAUACUCUGAUGCGAGUUUCAAUUGACGGUGUUGAAUGGACAAAUUUAAAAUUCUUCCAAAUCACUCCUGUCUGGCGUACACAUGUGAAAUUUUUCCCUGUUGCCCUUUUAAAUACACCAAUAAUUGGCGGAGAUACAGCGACAGUGGCUUCGGUGAGAUGA